AUGUCGUAUCAAACCAUUGAGAGAGAAAAAGUAUGUGUUGGAGGUGUCGAUUUAGUGAAUCGUCAUCAGUUAUCCAAUUAUCAGGAUAAGGAGCUUCAACGCUUUAUUGAUGCCAAUAAUCAUUUGAUUCAUUGGGUUGAUGAAGAGAAGAUAAAAAAUCAUAAAUUAAAAAAAGACAAUUCACCUUCUAACUAUGCCAAUAAGAGCAGAGCUAUGUCAUCUGAACCAAGUCUUCGCGAUCGGUAUAAUUCAACUGAAAAUCUUGCAAAACACAUGAAGAACUCCUAUGGAGGAGAGGAUGACAGUCAUCUUCUCAAACACCCUAAACCGCCAAGUGUCGAUCAUGCAAACUACACAUCCGAAUUCCCAGGAAUUGAGAAUAUCACAGAUAACACCUAUUUGAGUGAUUUUCUGAACAAAAUGAAGAGCAAUGAGAGCUUGAAUAAGAAUUCCCGCGCAAACUCAAUUCUCAGUAAUAAUGCAUCAAAUUACUACCCAACCUAUUCGGAUAGUGGCUAUGGUAAGAUAGGAUACUCUUUCAAACCAGAACCUUACAACAACAAUGCGAAUGAACGUUCUUGUUCUGUUCCUUAUAACUCCAACAAAGAACGACCUGAGUCAGCAGCUGGUGCUCAAUCGGAGUAUGGUUACAUAGAUCGUAACAAAAACUAUUAUAACAGCCCUGGCAGUACAUUGAAAAGAAAAGGGGUGAGCUGGCUCGAUCAAGAACGUGCAAGGUCUCUUUCGCCAGAUUCUCAUCAGCUGAACAUGCCAGCCAUGUCCCAAUACGGAAGCAUUGGAAAUCUCAAUUUCCGCGAUAAUGCUGGAAGUCCUGCUUAUUCCAGUCUCGGCAAACAUAAGGACAAUUACAACCGAUUUGAAACUCAACAACAUAGUAGAGCUCAUGCAAGAGCUAGAUCUCCUUUUGAGGAAAGCCGUUUUGGUGGCUUUGGAGAUCGUCCAGGAAGUGGAGUUGAGCUUACCAGCCAUCAAUGGAAUGGAGGAGAAAUUAUCUCUGACCCUACUGCUGUUCCAAAAGGAUUGAAGCCACGAAGAAUGUAUUAUUCCCCUAUUGGUGACGGAACAGUUGCUGCUGACGGAUAUGAACUGAAAAGACGUCCGAUGGAUUUGUCCCCCAAAGUAACUAUUACGCAGCUUCAACAUAUGGAUCGUGGAGAGAAAGGUCACGGUGGAGUUAACGUUUACGAGAAGAGCUGGAGCAACUCAGUUGGAGGAGAUGGUCGCCAGUCUGCCUUUGGCAGUGAAUAUGGACCAGGAAGUGGUAGAAGCUCUCGUGCAGGUGCUCUGAGUCCAGCAGACAAGAAUCCAUAUUAUCCUAACUACGGAAAGCCUGGUGCUGGAAAUAAUGGAGAUAACCAUCAUCCAAAUGAUAAUCAUGGGCUUUCUGGAUUCCCGGAUCUCAGCGAUGUUCUUGGAAAAGGAGGACCCAAGAAUAACAAUUUGGGAAAUAACAAUAACCCAUAUGGGAAUGCGGGAACUGGCAACAAUUUUGGAGAUGAUUUCCCUAAAGGUGGAUUAGGUGGAUUGGAAGACAGAUAUCCAAGAGGUCUUUCUUCAUCCCCUGGUAUUCAUGAUGUUAAUUAUAAAUUGGAUACUAAGACUGGAUAUCUUAUUACUAACCCACGUGAACUCAUUCAUCAAUAUGCCACGACGACUCCGGUAGCUGUCAUGAAUGCUAACGAUAACACUCCAUCAUCGACUACUGUAACAAAACAAAGUUUGUAUCGUAAACAUGAAGAAACGACAGAAGAACACUUUGCGCCAUAUGCUCCUUAUAAGAGCAAUUCUGCUAUUGCUACUCCAAAUAAUUUUGUCAAACAACUACGAAAUGAAACUCUUACUCAAAGACAAAGAGAGGCUAAUCAACAACUGGAUCCUCUUAAUCAUAAGGACCCUCAUUCGCAAGAACGUAUUCAAGAAAUUUCAAGAACUUUAAACCACACCUCAUACGGCGAUAGCUUUGGUAAAUCUAACUUGUACUAA